AUGGCAACAUUAUUUAUUUUGCAUAAUGUAACUUGCAGGGCAAUAGAACAGCUCGGCGGGUUGGAGUCCGAAGAUGAUUAUCCCUACGAGGGUUCGGACGACAAGUGCUCAUUCAAUAAGACGUUGGCGAGGGUACAGAUCAGCGGCGCUGUCAACAUCACCUCUAACGAGACUGACAUGGCCAAGUGGUUGGUGAAGCACGGACCCAUCUCUAUCGGUAUAAACGCGAACGCUAUGCAGUUCUACAUGGGUGGGAUAUCUCAUCCAUGGAGGAUGCUCUGCAACCCCUCAAAUCUGGACCACGGAGUGCUCAUCGUCGGAUACGGGGCCAAAGGUAACAAUCAACCUUAUUACAUAUUUCAUAUGGUGUAAAUUUAAUUAAUUUCA